UCACUGUAAGGCGUGAAAAAUGCCAGCCGGGUCGACUCUGCGUCGGGAGCCAGAAAGAGGAAAAAGCAAACGUGGAGCUCAACGGUACACUAUAAUGCAGAGAAUGGUCACUGGACAUCAAGGCAAAGAAGCAAGUGCAUCGUUCUCACAGACUAGUAAAGAGCACCCUGAAUUUUCAAGAUGAGGGGCAGCAACAUGAACAGCAAAUAUUCUUCUCGUGGGGGCUCUUCGUUUAGAGGGUCUUCUGCGUCGGGGUCGUAUGGAUACUACCAUGACCCAUACUACAGCAGCUCUCCCUCUCGAGGAGGCAGAGGAGGCUCUCGUGGGAGAGGUGGAAGCAGUUCAUAUGGAUACUAUGGCAGUCCCCCUGGUUAUGGUGGACGCAAGGAGUCCGGGGACCCGCAAGGACAUCCACAUCCAAGUGGCUAUUCGUACGGACGCCCGGGCUCUGGUUUGACACCGACGUCUUCCGCCUCCGGUUUGACGCCUGGCUCAGCGCAACAGCACUCUGAGCAAAUGUCAGCGUACCCUGCUUCGAGUUCCAGUGCGGGAAGCGCAACUUACGAGCGGAGCAUGGAAAGCAACGGCGAAAGCGGUGGUUACACCGCACAUGGAGCUUCCAGCAGCAGCGGAGGUAGUAACGAGGCAGGAGGAGAUGACUACGAAUCGGCCCGGUGGGAACAGUACGUUGGCGAAUAUAGCCGAGGCAAAAGUGAAGGGUCUCCUCGAUUUAGAGGCAGAGGAAGAGGUCGGGGUGGCAGCGGGAGAGGCACCUGGAGAGGAAGCAGAGGUGGACCAUAUUAUGGACGAGGACGAGGCGGCUUUGAGUACGAAGGGUACCCUACUGGGCCGGCGUCUGGACAGUUCUACUACGGGCGAGAGUUUGCUGCUGGCGGCACGGCGGGCAGCGGCGAUGUCGCUGCAACCGUUGGGGAGGCCCGGGCUUCUCCCGGCGAAGGAUACAAAUACCACGGGCACGAGGAGAAUGGCUACCCGAAGGCACACCCGGGCGCCGCCAAAGACGAGAGUUCUUCUGUGUCUGCUGGUUCCGGCGCCGCUGCCGGCGCCGCCAGUGCAGCCACUUCUGCCGCAACUUCUGCUGCCGCCGUUGCUGCUGCAGCUAGUGGCAAGGCCGAGGUGGACAAGCACAAGGCGGAAGAGACAAGGCUCAAACGGGAGCACGAGCACAAGAAGAACAUGGAGUUUCGGGAAAAGCACUGGAUUGAGCGGAUCCAGGCAUCGGGGGAGAUGCGGAAGACGCUGUCGAGACACUUCAACGAGUUGGACGCGGUGAACUCGAAGUUGUUGGACGUCGGGACCCGUCGGGCGGAGCUCGAAAUAGAGGUGAACCGGUACAACCGGGUCCUCAAGGCGGAGGAGGACCGUGUCCGGCUUGCCGAGGAGAAGCUCGAGGCAAUGAACCUCUCUUUCUGAGGCGGGCGCCGCCGCCGCUAUGUAGAAUAAAGGUAUGUAAUGUAAUGUAUAGAAGAUCAACGGAUAGAUCGGGCUGCGCAGCAGUCCCACCGAGGUUCCACC